AUUUAUACUCGCUCCUUUUCUCCUACUUUCUAGGCUCUCUCUAAUUCGUUUUUGAGCCAAAAAGCUUAAAGAGGGUACAGCAGACUCUCUGGAUUUCUCUGGAUUUAAGGAUUUCAUUAUAUACCCAAUCAUUCAUUCGGUUGAAUUUCAAUACCCAAAAGCCGCAUUCGAAGACCCAAUUGGGAUCUUCAUCUAGUGCAUUUGUUUUCAAAUCCUGCUCUGUUAAGCUCUUCCUGAUCUGUAAUUUGGAAGUGUAUGGCAGUUAGCCUGCAGUCAUAUGAGGUAUCUGACCUCUGCCUGGGUAAGCCGGCGCUCUCCUGGCUUCCAAUCACUGCAACUGUGGGCGAUGCUCUCAAGGCACUGAAGCAACAAUCUUCCCAUGACACUGAGCUGAGUGUCUGGAAUUGCAUCCAUAACACAGGCAAAAGGGCAGCAGAUGAAGGACUGCAUCAUCAACAAGUGGAUUGCAGAUGUUUGGGGAAAGUUUGUAUGGUAGACAUAAUAUGCUAUCUGUCUACAGAUGAAUGUUUAUAUGACCCAGCUAGGGCUCUCAGUGCACCCAUUACAGCCUUGUUGCCUCGGGUUUUGACCAGCGUUCGACUUGUAGAUCCACACAUAAGCUUAUUGCAAGCAUUGGAACUGAUUGUGGAUGGAGCUCAGAAUUUGAUAGUACCCAUCGAGAGUCUUAAAAGGCUGAGUUUCAAGAAGAUCGGCCAGAAAAUUGGAUCAGCCAAAAAUGCCUCUCCUACAAGCCAUGAAGGGAAGGAGUUCUGUUGGAUAACCCAAGAAGAUUUUCUUCGAUUUCUUUUGGGUUUCAUAGCAGUAUUCUCUCCCCUCCCUUCAAUGACCAUUGAAGAUCUGGGAAUAGUAAAGACAGAGGUUCUUACGGCAGAGUAUGAUAAACCUGCAGUUACUGCUUUGAACGUGAUUAAGCAGGCAUCCCGCUCUCAGACUGCUGUAGCAGUGAUAGAGCAUGAUCCCCUGCAAGGUCCUAAAUUGAUUGGUGAGAUAUCACCUUCUACUUUAAUGUGCUGUGAUGAGACUGUAGCUCUGGCUCUUGCAACACUUUCUGCAGGGGAUUUUAUGGCUUAUGUGGACUGUGGAGGACCACCUGAAUCCCUUGUUGAGAUUGUAAGAAGAAGAAUGGAUCUGAAGACAGGAAAAAUCAAUGGAGAGGGUGAACAAGGGAGUUCGAUUGCUACAUCAAAACAAAAUUACCCAGGAAAACAAGAUCAGAUGACCGAUCCUUGGGAAGAGUCUUCUGAUGAAGAAUUUUUCGAUGGAUCUCCAAUUGGGCCACUCGACAAGAAAUGGUCUCGUUUGUGUUCCUUCAAGAGCAAUAAAUUUGGGUAUGCCUCCAGGAGUUGUAGAGCUUCACCCCUUACUUGUAGGCCUUGGAGUUCUUUAGUUGCUGUUAUGGUGCAAGCUCUUGCCCACAGGGUAAAUUAUGUGUGGGUCACUGAUGAAGAAUCCAAUUUGGUCGGAAUUGUGACCUUCUUGGAUAUCCUAGGUGUUUUCUGGAAUCAUCUCCAAACAUUGGAUUGAGUAUGGGCUAGACAUUUUUCAUCUGUUUUUCAUAGCAUGAAGUUUCAGUAAAUUAGUUUGGUCUUAAUUUUGGUAAGGUUCAAGGUGUCUUCUUCACCGAGGAUCUUGUAUUUUUGGAGUACUCAUAGAGGAAGAAUGCAAUGGGAGUUUCUGAUGUUUGAGCGUCUUCUUUGUGUUCCUGAUCUUGUAUUUUUGUAGUACUGAGAGAGGGAGAAUGCAAUGGGAGUUUCUCAUGUUUGAGCGUCUUCUUUGUGAAAACCUGAUCUUGUAUUUUUGUAGUACUGAGAGAGGGAGAAUGCAAUGGGAGUUUCUCAUGUUUGAGCGUCUUCUUUGUGUACCUGCUAUCUGCCAAGGAACUGUUAUGUGGGCGAUAUUUUUAUUGGACCUAAUUUAUGUAUUUAUGCUGCUUGCAUUACUACGGAAUGGCAGCGGCCUCGAUUUAAGUAUUGAAGCAUUUUGAUUUUCA